CGCUGUUGUUGCCGUUGCUGCCGAGGUGUUUAGGGGGCGUGUCCCGCUCGCGGCAGGCACAAUGGCUACAGUGACCCAGAAGCACUUCUUGGAAGGGCAGGCUUACUCUGUCCCUCUGAUCCAACCUGACUUGCGCAGGGAAGAGGCUAUUCAUCAGGUUGCAGAUGCACUUCAGUAUUUGCAGAAAGUGUCUAGUGAUAUCUUCAACAGAAUCUCCCAGCGGGUGGAGGCCAGCCGGAUGCAGCUGCAGGCAAUCGGAGAGAGAGUCUCACUGGCUCAGGCUAAGAUUGAGAAGAUAAAGGGCAGCAAGAAGGCGAUUAAGGUGUUUUCCAGUGCCAAGUACCCUGCCCCAGAGCGGCUGCAGGAGUACAGCUCCAUUUUCGCGGGUGCAGAGGAUCCAGCCACACAGAAACGGCCGAGACACAAGAUUCAGAGCAAACACAGACUGCUGGAUGAGAAAUCCCUGCAGGAGAAGCUCAAGUACUUCCCAGUGUGUGUGAGCACAAAAGUUCAUCAGGAGGAUGAUGCAGAAGAAGGUCUUGGCAGCCUCCCCAGGAACAUCAGCUCCCUUAGCUCCCUGCUGCUGUUCAACACCACCGAGAACCUGUACAAGAAGUAUGUCUUCCUGGAUCCUCUGGCAGGAGCGGUGACCAAGACCCAUGUGACUCUGGGAACAGAGACUGAGGAGAAGCUCUUUGAUGCACCCCUUUCUAUCACCAAAAGGGGGCAGCUGGAUCGGCAGGUAGCUGAAAAUUACUUUUACGUACCAGAUCUGGGUCAGGUGCCUGAGAUAGACGUGCCGUCCUACCUGCCAGACCUGCCUGGCAUCGCUGCUGAUCUCAUGUACAUCGCAGACCUGGGGCCUGGCAUUGCACCCUCGGCACCCAGCAGCUCUAUCCCAGAGCUACCCACCUUCAACACCGAAUCCGUGGAGAACUUCAGGCCAGGUCUUCAAGAUGGUGUGCUAGUGCCCCCACCUCCGCCUCCUCCACCCCCUGUGAUGCCAACUAGUGCUCCCCCACCCCCUCCUCUGCCCCAGCCUGCCUCCCUUUCCAAACAGCCAGCAAGCGAGGAGAGCAGCAGUGCAAUGUCUGCAGCUCCAGUCCAAGGGGCUCCAAAGGAAGUUGUGAAUCCUUCAACUGGCCGGGCCACUCUCCUGGAGUCCAUCCGCCAGGCUGGCGGCAUUGGGAAGGCCAACCUCCGAAGCGUUAAGGAGAGAAAGCUGGAGAAGAAGAAGCAGAAGGAGCAAGAACAAGUGAUAACCACAGCACAGGGUGGAGACUUGAUGUCCGACCUCUUCAACAAGCUGCUCCUGAGGCGCAAAGGCAUUUCAGGCAAGGGGCCUGCAGCUGCAGGAAGUGCUGAUGCUCCCAGUCCACCUGCUGGUGCCUUUGCCCGCAUGUCGGACUCAAUCCCACCUCUGCCAGCCCCACAACAGCCCCCGGGGGACGAGGAGGAAGAUGACUGGGAAUCAUAAAUGCUAUCAUGCCGCAGGCUUGGGAUUGGUUUCCUCUUGGCUAACUGGCAAUCCGGCCCGGCUGAGCUAAGCACCUCAGAAAUGGACCAGCUUUUGGAAAUAACUGCUGGUGAGAGGGCACAGGCCUGGCAGAGGGACCCCGUCACUUUCUCUUAGCUCCUGCUCGUCUCUAACCACUGUUGAGU